AUGGCAGGCUCGCAGCUCAAGCGGCUCAAGGCCUCUCUGCUUGACCAGGGCAUCAUCGGCCCGCAAAAGUCCAAAAAGCAGAAGAAGCAGGCCGCCGAGGAGGCCCGGGCCAAUCGAGCAGCCGGCCGCGGUGACAAGCGCCUCAAAAAGUCGGCCGCCCUCGAGACGAUUCGCGAGCAGUUCAACCCCUUCCAGUUCAAGAUGAACGCACGGGGGCCCAAGUUCCCCGUCACGAGUCUCAAGUUGGCACAGGUGCCCGAGGGCCUGCGCGGCAUCAAGGGCCGGCCGACGGUAUCCCUGUCACGGGGUGAGGAGAAGCGGCGUGCGACGCUGUUAAUGGACAUGCAGCGGCGGAACAAGGUCGGCGGUAUUCUGGAUCGGCGGUUGGGCGAGGGCGACCCCAACAUGACGCCCGAGGAGCGGGCCCUGGAGCGGUUUGCCUUUGAGAAGCAGCGCAUCCACAACAAGAAGGGGGCCGUCUUUGACCUCGAGGACGGCGACGACGGGUUUUUGGGGGGCGCCGACGACGGCGGCGGCCUGACACACAUGGGCAAGAGCCUGUCGCUGGGCGACUGGAAAGGACGCCGCCAUCUCGGCAGCGACGACGACGAAGGCGACGACGACCUCGGCGCACACGACGACUUUGACGAAGACGAUUUGGAGGGCAGUGACGCGGACGAGGACCCGGAGCGGGCGUACAAGAAGAAGCAGCUCAAGCGCAUGCGGGAGGAGCUGUUUGGCGACAAGGAGGGUGGCGCGGCCGGCGGCGGCGGCGAGGACGGCGCGCCGGAACGGAAAAAGUCAAAGAAGGAGGUCAUGGAAGAGGUGAUUACCAAGUCCAAGUACUACAAGUACGAGCGGCAGCUGGCCAAGGAGAACGACGACGACAUGCGUGCCGAGCUCGACAACAUGCUGCCCGAGCUGCAGCAGCUGCUCUCGACGAAACCCGUCAAGCCCACGCCGCAGUCCAAGGACGUGGCACCCAUCACCGGCGCGCCGUUCGACAAGGACGCCUUUGACAAGGCGUACGACGUGCGGCUGCGGCAGCUGAUCCAGGACAAGAAGGCCGAGCCGUCGGCGCGCACCAAGACCGAGGAGGAGAUUGCCGAGGAGCAGUCGGCGCAUCUCAAGAAGCUCGAAGAGAGCCGCAUGCGGCGCAUGUUGGGCCAGAUUGGCUACGACGAGAGUGGCAACGGCAGCGACGAGGAGAGCGACGAGGCCGAUACCAGCAGCGGCAAGAACAAGGCCGACAAAGACGUCCCGGCUGUGCAGAUCAUCCGCGACGACGACUACGAGGAGGACGAGUUCAACUUGGGCAAGGGCAUCAAGGUGAAGCACACGGCGGCCGAGCUGGGCUUUGACGACGAGGACGACUUUUUGAUCGACGACGACCUGGUCUUUAGCGGGUCUGAGGUGGACGUCGACGAAGAUGACGAGGACGAGAGUGGCGACGAGGCAGGCAGCAGGGCCGAGGAGGAGGACGAGGAGGAGGAAGAGGACGAGUUUAUCCGCGGCCUGCUGACCGAAGACGAGAAGAAGAAUGCCGUCUUCGCCAACGCGGGCAAGCUGACCUCGACAGCCCCCAAGGGCCGCGACGACGACGGCGUGCCGUACACGUUCCCUUGUCCACAGACACACGCGGAGCUGCUAGACGUUCUCGAGGACGUCCCCGUUGCCAAGCUGCCCGUCGUGGUGCAGCGCAUCCGCGCGCUCUACCACCCGAAGCUGGACCACGGCAACAAGGACCGGCUCGGCCGCUUUGCGGCUGCCCUUGUCGAGCACAUUGCUCACCUGGCGAACGGCGAAGCACCGCCUUACGCAACCAUUGAGAGCCUGGUCCGCCAUAUCCACUCGCUUGCCAAGGCCGUGCCGAGCGAGGUGGCGGUCGCCUUCCGCUCCCAUCUUGCGGCUAUGGAGGGCAUUGUCACUGACGAUGCGGCCCCCGUUACGAAUGGCAGCCGGGCCCUCGCGCUCAACAGCGGCGACCUCGCCAUCCUGACGGCCGCCGGCUCCGUGUUCCCCACGUCCGACCACUUCCACCAGGUCGUCACGCCGGCGAUGCUGGCCAUGGCACGCUACCUUGAGCAGGCACCGCCGCGGUCACUGGCCGACUACGCCACAGGUCUGUACGUGUGCACGCUGAUGUGCCAGUACCAGCGCCUGUCGAAGCGGUACAUGCCCGAGCUCAUCAAUUACGUGCUCAACACGCUGCUGGCACUUGCGCCGGAAGGUUCGGAUGCACUCGCCAACCCGGCCACCGGCCACAUCCCCGUGCACGCGCCAGCCCGUGAUGUGCGCAUCCAGAAGGCACAGUCCCUCAAGACGGUGCGCAAGCUGCGGAUAUCGGACUGCCGGCCGUCGGACGACGACACGGAAGCACGCAAGGCCGCCCUCUUUAGCACGGCCCUCGCGCUGCUCAGCGACGCCGCCACCAACUUGUGGGCCGGCAAAGCAUCGCUCGUCGAGACCCUCGAGCCCUGCCGCGCCGUCCUGCAGCACCUGCGCAACACAACAGCCUGCCGCAGCCAGCUCCCCGCGCCGCUCAACAAGGAGGUCGACCGCCUGGCCGCGCAGAUCGACGCCGCGCAGCGCCUCGCCCACCUCGCGCGCCGCCCGCUCGAGCUGCACCACCACCGCCCGCUGGCCAUCCGCACGUUUGUGCCGCGCUUCGAGGACGCGUUCGACCCGGACAAGCACUACGACCCCAACCGCGAGCGCGCCGAGGCCGCCAAACUGCAGGCCGAGUUCAAGCGCGAGCGCAAGGGCGCCCUGCGCGAGCUGCGCAAGGACGCGCACUUUAUGCAGCGCGAGAAGCUCAAGAUGAAAAAGGCCAAGGACGCCGCGUAUGAGAAAAAGUACAAGCGGCUGGUGGCCGAGAUCCAGGGCUCCGAGGGCCGCGAGGCGAACGCGUACGAGCGCGAGCGACAAGCACGGAAGCGGAAGUAG